UCCUGAUGCUGCGGUCAGCGUUUGGUCAACAGGACGAUAUCCAGAGCAUUCAAGGCUGAUCCGACUGCAUCACUGCGUGUGUGUGUGAUUCACAAUAAUAACCGUCUUUAAGCAGAAAGUGUUCAUACGGGUGGAAAGUUUGAUUCUAUUCAUCUACGCCGAGGGGAAAGCGUUUUAACGGGAUUUUCCACUGAUAUCUGUACAGCAUCAAGUUUUCCUCCGGCUUGAACUUUGUCUCAGGAUCUUCACUGAGUCUGGGGUUUGUUUGGUUUUGUUUUUUCCUCCACCUCCUGCGUCAGGUUCGUCAUGAUGGACGCGGCGGAAUGCGGAGUCAAAGUGAUGUGCCGAUUCAGGCCACUGAACGAGUCGGAAAUCAACAGAGGAGACAAAUACAUCCCGAAAUUUAAGGGCGAGGAUACUGUGGUUGUUUCGGGAAAGCCCUAUGUGUUUGAUCGAGUUCUUCCUCCAAACACAACCCAAGAGCUGGUCUACGAUGCCUGCGCUAAACAGAUUGUUAAAGAUGUUCUUGAUGGAUACAAUGGAACCAUUUUCGCCUAUGGCCAGACUUCAUCAGGGAAGACCCAUACCAUGGAGGGGAACCUCCAUGACUCGGAGCGUAAGGGCAUCAUUCCUCGCAUCUCUCAGGACAUCUUCGACCACAUUUACUCCAUGGAUGAGAACCUUGAGUUCCAUAUCAAGGUAUCCUACUUUGAGAUUUACUUGGACAAAAUCAGAGAUCUAUUGGAUGUUUCGAAGACCAACCUCGCUGUACAUGAAGAUAAAAACAGGGUACCAUAUGUCAAGGGCUGCACAGAGCGCUUUGUGUCCAGCCCUGAGGAGGUGAUGGACGUUAUUGAUGAAGGCAAAGCCAAUCGUCAUGUCGCUGUCACAAAUAUGAAUGAGCACAGCUCGCGCAGUCACAGCAUCUUCCUGAUUAACAUCAAGCAGGAGAAUGUGGAGACGGAGAAGAAGCUGAGUGGGAAGCUCUACCUGGUGGAUCUGGCUGGAAGUGAAAAGGUCAGUAAAACAGGAGCAGAAGGAGCUGUCUUGGAUGAAGCUAAAAAUAUCAAUAAAUCUCUCUCAGCUCUGGGCAACGUCAUCUCUGCACUGGCUGAGGGAACUAAGACGCACGUGCCGUACCGAGAUAGUAAGAUGACACGAAUCCUGCAGGACUCUCUGGGUGGAAACUGCAGGACCACCAUCAUCAUCUGCUGCUCACCGUCCGUCUUCAAUGAGGCCGAGACCAAAUCCACGCUUAUGUUCGGCCAGAGAGCCAAGACCAUUAAGAACACGGUGUCGGUCAACCUGGAGCUAACGGCCGAGGAGUGGAAGAAGAAGUAUGAGAAGGAGAAGGAAAAGAACAGAGGCUUGAAGAUCAUCAUCCAGCGGUUGGAGAAUGAGCUGAAGCGCUGGAGGAGAGGUGAAGCAGUUCCAGUUGAAGAGCAGCAGAAAAGUAAAGAAAUGAAGAACUCAGAAGCCACGCCCACAAUCGACAGUCUGGCCCCGCCUCCCCAACCUCUUUGUGACACUGAGAAAACCAAGUAUGAAGAGCUGAUCAGUGACCUCUACCAGCAGCUCGAUGACAAGGACGAUGAGAUCAAUCAGCACAGUCAGCUGGCAGAGUCACUGAAACAGCAGAUGGUGGAUCAGGAUGAGCUGUUAGCAUCGACACGGCAUGACUGUGGGAAACUCCAGGAGGAGAUGAUGCGUCUUCAGUGUGAACAUGAGGCAACCAAAGAGGAGGUGAAGGAGGUGUUGCAAGCGCUGGAGGAACUCGCCGUCAACUAUGACCAGAAGAGCCACGAGUUGGAGGAGAAAGGAAGGAGCAACAUCCAGCUCACAGAUGAGUUAACGCAAAAGAGUACAAUUUUAUCCACUGUAGAGAGGGAUCUGGCCACACUGCAGGAAGUGAGUGGACACCACAAGAAAAGAUCUGUAGAGAUCUUCAGCAUGCUUCUGCGAGACCUCAGUGAGAUCGGCACCAUCAUCGGCACUAGCGACCUUAAGACACAGACAGCGGAGGGUCCUGUAGCGAUGGAGGAGGAGUUCACCAUGGCGCGCCUCUACAUCAGCAAGAUGAAGUCGGAGGUGAAGUCGCUGGUGAACCGCAGCAAACAGCUGGAAGGAGCUCAGGCAGAAACGGCACGCAAGAUUCAGGCCAAUGAGAAAGAGCUCGCGUCCUGCCAACUCCUCAUCUCACAGCUCCAGGCCAAGAUAAAAUCGCUGAAUGACUACAUGCAGAACAUGGAGCAGAAGAAGAGACAGCUGGAGGAAAGCCAGGACUCGCUGAUGGAAGAGCUGGCUAAUCUCCACGCUCAGGGAAAGAUGCAUGAAGUGUCUGUGAUGGACAAAGAGAAGGAGCACAUGAGCAAGAUGAAGGAUGCUGAAGAGAUGAAGAAAGCGCUGCAGGAGCAGAUGGAGAGUCACCGUGAGGCCCAUCAGAAGCAGCUGUCACGCCUCCGAGACGAAAUCGACGAGAAGCAGAAGAUCCUGGAUGAGCUGAAAGAUAUGAACCAGUCUCUUCAGCUGGAGCAGAAAAAACUCUUGUCUGACUACGACAAGCUAAGAGACGAGGAACAGGAGAAGGACGAGAAACUGCAGAAACUAAUUUUGUUAAAUGAGAAACGAGAACAGGCCAAGGAGGAUCUGAAGGGUCUUGAAGAGACUUUGACAAAAGAGCUCCAAACUCUCCACAGUCUGCGCAAACUCUUCAUCGACGAUCUUAACACACGUGUCAGGACAAAUGUAGAGUUGGACUCAGAUGAGGCAGGAGGCAGCCUGGGUCUGAAACAGAAGAUCAUUUUCCUGGAGAACAAUCUGGAACAGCUCACCAAAGUCCACAAACAGUUGGUGCGUGACAAUGCAGAGCUGCGCUGCGAGCUGCCUAAGCUGGAGAAGCGUCUUCGAGCCACGGCCGAGCGAGUGAAAUCCCUCGAGACGUCAUUGAGAGAGGCGAAGGAGAACGCCCUGAGAGACCGCAAGCGCUACCAGCAAGAGGUGGAGAGAAUCAAAGAGGCAGUCAGGGCCAAAAACCAGGCCAGGAGGAACCACACAGCACAGAUCGCCAAGCCCAUUCGUGCUGGACACCAUGCUGGACAUCACCCUGCAGCCUCUGGCUCACCGGGUCAUACCAUCAGAGGAGGAGGGGUGCAGAGCCCGCGACGUCAUCACUACCACCAGAUGCAAACAGCUCAGCAGCACUACCACCACAGCAGCAACAGCAGCAAAUAAAGGAUGUCGGGAGGAAAAACAGCGUAUUCUGAGCUCACUCAGACUUUCUUUCCAUCUAGACUUCAUCUGUCCACGAGAUCACCGUCCACGUUUUUGUAGUUCUGGAAAACCAACACAACCGCUGAAGCCUUUGAUCACGUACAGUACUGGACAGAAACUCUACUUCCUUAUCCUUUGGUGGACUGGUUUUGUACUUACACACACACACACACACACACACACACACACACACACACACACACAAACACAAACACAUGUGAAAAAAAGGAGCUGCCUGUUACAUUCAAGUGAGCACAAUUAGUGUGUGUCCCAAACCUAGAGAGUUCUUUCCUGCUAGCUAAUCAUGUAAUUAGCGGCUCGUAUGAGUCACAUGAAUCAGCACAUGCAGGUAAAUCCUGACAGAAAGCACAGGAACACUAAACACACAUGACCUCUGGCUACAUGUUACACCUCACAGUGCUAAUUUCUCUUUCAUUGCACAAUCAUUAGACUGUUUGUUCUAAUGCACGUUCCUCAGUGUUAAUACUGCUGUGUGUAUGUGUUAUGGGUAAUCCACUGCAACUCCAUCGUUUAAACACACUUAGAAUUUAAUCUGUCUCUUAUAAAUUUUCUUAAUAUAGAUGAUGGUCCAGUAUUAACCGGACUAGCAUCUGGGAUGACAUGUUAUUUUAGUUUUGCCAAAAAAUUUACCAAAAAUACUGAUCACCAAACUAUAAAUAAUAAUGGAAGUAAUGGAGCCAUGAGAAUCUUUUCCACCCUUAUGUGUAACUCGAGGGCUUUUUCUGUAAUUCUUAGAAUUGGCAGUAGCUCAGUAGGUCUUUAGUUUUUAUUGCCUACCUGAAGCAUGUAGAAACACAACAGGGAAUGUAGUGUGCUUUAGAGCUCACACUGUGUUGUUUUUAAAAGCAGGAGACUUCAUCUGCAGUCCAGUAACACCAUAGUCCAGCACAAAGUGUGUGUGUAUGUGUGUGUGUGUGUGUGUGUGUGUGUGUGUGUGUGUGUGUGUGUGUGUGUGUGUGUGUGUGAGAGAGAGAGUGAUGAUCACACUGUGCUGGAUUCCUUAAUUGAUUUUCUUAGUCAAUUCAUUUUUGCUUUCUGCUAUUUAUUGUUUAAUUUCUUAGAACUGUU